AUGUCGGAGCUCGAAGGCGGCAACUAUUUUCCGCAUCUCUUGCUCGGUGUCAAUGUCGGUCUUGCCCUUGUUGAAGGAAUCGUUGCUUUCGUGUUUCAAUUUUCAGGGAACAAUGCUGAUCGAUUCCUGCAUUGGAGCACUAGGUUCCAAAUUGUUCUAGGCGUGGAAAGGGGAUUGCAGUACCUUCAUGAGGAUUCACAUCUAAGAAUUGUUCACCGAGACAUCAAAGCAAGCAACAUUCUUCUUGAUCAUAAGUUUCAUCCCAAGAUUGGAGACUUUGGCCUUGCCAGGUUCUUCCCUGAAGACCAAGCUUAUCUUAGCACACAAUUCGCUGGAACAUUCGCCAAAAGGGCUGUUUUCGCCGGAGCCAGAACAUUAUCGAGGACCAAAGCUAAAAGUUGCCAUCAUUGGAGAUGGGCUUUCUGGCAUGUCAACUACAGUGGAACUCUUGGAUCAAGGACACGAGUCCCAGAAAAAUACACAGGUGUUGCAGAAGCUGAUUUUCUGACUUCAAGUGUAGUUCGUGGCGUCCUCAAGAGAAAUUUGGGUAUGCUCGUGAACUAUCUUUCAACAUCCAAUAAGACUUUAUCUUGGGGCUGUUAUUUCCAACAAGGUAUGGAAGUUAAGAUGGAAAUGAAGGUGGAAGAUGCAUAUAAGAAGUUAAUGGAGACAGUGUUGAAUUGGAUACAAGAUACUGUAAAUCUUAACAAGAGUCAAGUUUUCUUUCGUACAUAUACACCCGUGCACUUCAGAAGUGGAGAUUGGAGAAGCGGUGGAAGUUGUCAUUUGGAAACACUGCCAGAGCUUAACAUGUCAUUAGUGCCUAAUGAUAACUGGUCACAAUUCAAAAUAGACAAUUCAUUGCUAUCAUCACACAAAAACAGCACUGAACUUGUCAAGUUAAAAAUAUUGAAUAUAACAGAGAUGACAGCUCAGAGAAAAGAUGGACACUCAUCAAUUUACUAUCUUGGUCCGAAUGGCGGCACGGCGGCACUCCAUCGGCAAGAUUGCAGCCACUAGUGUCUGCAUGGUGUACCUGAUACAUGGAAUGAGCUGCUUUAUGCAAUGUUCAUGAAACAUGAAGGCUUCUCAUAGCAAGGAACUUCAAAGAGUCGUGGAAUUCUUUUUUAUUUGUCUUGGGCAGC